GUGAGACGGUGAACACCGGUGACCCACUGUGUGAAAUUGAAACAGACAAGGCUGUGGUCACCUUGGAAUCCAAUGACGAUGGCAUCCUGGCUAAAAUAAUGGUUGACGAAGGAAGCAAAGACAUCCCUCUGGGGUCACUGAUUGCUUUGAUGGUGGAGGAAGGUGUGGAUUGGAAGCAAGUGAAAAUCCCUGCCCAGCCAGUCACUCCAGCCCCCACCCAGCUCCCACCAACGCCACCCACAGUGCCUCAAGCAUCUAUCACCAGCAAAGCGCAACACUUGGGCCUAACCGGCAAAACACAUGUCCGCCUAAGUCCAGCUGCUCGGCAGAUCCUGCAAACCCACGGGCUUGAUCUGAAUGGAGCUGUCCCUUCUGGGCCACGAGGGAUCUUCACAAAGGAAGAUGCACAGAACCUGGUGAAGCAGAGAGGGACCACACCACGACCCAGCACAGCCGCCCCUGUGCCACCUUUCGCUGCUGCCGUUCCCAGCGCUGCUCCCACUGCCCCUCUAGCAGUCCCGAGUCUCCCUGGAUACCCCAGGCCCAUGAUACCACCAGUUUCAGUCCCUCGACAGCCACCAGCCCCGGGCACAUUUACUGAAGUGCCAGCGAGUACCAUCCGGCAGGUCAUCGCACAGAGACUGACAGAGUCUAAAACCACCAUCCCUCACUCUUACAGCAGUAUCGACUGUGACAUCCAGCAAGUGCUGCAAAGCAGGAAGCAGCUCGCCAAAGACAAUGUGAACAUUUCGGUGAAUGAUUUCAUCAUCAAGGCGGCUGCUGUCACUCUGAGACAAAUGCCAGAUGUUAACUGCACCUGGAGCGGUGAUGGUCCACAGCUGCUGAGCUCCAUCGAUAUUGCAGUCGCGGUGGCUACCGAUCGAGGCCUGAUUACGCCAAUCGUGCGAGAUGCUGCGUCCAAGGGCCUACAGGAGAUUGCCAGCACCAUCAAGGCCCUAGCAGAGAGAGCGAGAGCAGGGAAGCUGCUGCCUGAGGAAUAUCAGGGAGGAUCCUUCAGUAUCUCCAACUUGGGAAUGUUUGGAAUCCAGAGCUUCAGUGCGAUCAUUAACCCCCCUCAGGCCUGUAUCCUGGCUAUCGGACAGUCUCGCUGGGAACUGAUGUUCUGUGAAGACGAAGCUGGCGAGGCCGGUAUGUGCCGCAGGAACAUGAUGACGGUCACUCUCACCAGUGACAGCCGCCUGGUGGACGAUCUACUCGCAGCUCAGUUCUUGGAGAACUUCAAGAUGAACAUGGAGAACCCCAGACGCUUGGCGUUGUUCUAAAGAGGCCUGGCCUGGCCAAGCCUCCGUCACCAGGGCUUUGUGAGACACGUGGGAAGGACUCAGAGAUGGCCGUACUGUUUUAUUGUUGUGGGGGGUAACAAUACACACGCACCACACUACCACCACUGUACCUCACCUCCAGGCCUAAUAACCUUUCUGUUGUUUAUUUAUUUAUUUCCUUGGGUCGCCCGCCAUCUUUAUCAUAGCCUCCACAAGAACAGCUUGUCUGCAUGUGUCUGCUCAGGCAGGAAGGGAUGGCCAGGGAAUGUCAGACUCACUCACCAGUGUCGGUCUGCACAUCACGUGUGGUAAAAAGGGUCAGACAGGCAGAGCACCAGACUUUUCUCUGCCUCUCUGGGUAACAUUUCUCACUCAGGGGAGAACACUUCCCGUGUAUUUGAGGCAAUUGUAACACGGCCUCACAGUCAAUUUCUUCCAGUCUGAGUGUGAGUCCCACCAUCAGUGAGCAAAUUGAAUUCUCUGUACAGUGUGGUCUGCUGUAUAAUACCUGUGACACUUGCAAUGUGUUUUUGGAAUUAUACACAGCUUAUUAUUAUA